GCUGAUCCAUAAUGGGUGCAGAGGGCUUCACCCUCCAUGGCAUGGAGGGUCAUAAAUAAUUAUAUUUUCACUAGAGUUAAGAUUUUAAAAGUUUUGAGCUUUUUCAUCAUAGUAAAACUUUACUUUUUGUCUUGCCUUAGGUAGACCUUACCGUCCAAUUUCUCUGCGUGUCUUUUUGCCACAACCGACUGAUUCAGUGUUGGCCAAUAUUUUCGGGCAGAAUUGAUUGAUUGAUCCUGCAGUGAAGGGAACUCUAAACGUUCUGAGAUCAUGUACAAAAGCCCCUUCUCUCAAGAGAUUGAUCAUAAAAUCUUCAAUGGCAUCAGUUAUGUUCGACGGAAAGCCUCUGACACCUGAUGUGGUAAUUGAUGAGACUUGGUUUUCAGAUCCAACCUAUUGUGAGUCAAUAAAGCAUUGGUAUCUGUAUGCAAAAACCAUAGCUGAGAAGGCUGUCUGGAAAUUUGCAGAAGAAAGUGGAAUUGACAUUGUCAUAAUACAUCCAGGAUUUGUAAUUGGUCCUUUCUUACAGCCAACUCUAAAUGUCACUGUAGAGGUUAUUCUGAACUACGUAAAUGGUAAACUCUUUCUCAGUGCUCUGUCUUUGAAUGUAAUGAUCUCUAACAUGUUCAUUCUUUGUGAAUCUUGGGUUCCUUGCAUGGAGGAGAAACAUUUCCUAAUGAAAUUUACAGAUUUGUUGAUGUUACAUGUUGCAUCUGCACAUAUUCAAGCUUUUGAACAAGCUUCUGGUAAUAGCUAGAUAUUGUUUAGUCGGAAGAGUUGUACAUUUCUCCGAGUUCUUAAAGAUCGUUCGUACACAAUACCCUGCUCUGCAACUUCCUGAAAAGUUUUUUUUUUUCUUUCCUUUUCUUUUCCUUUUUUUUUUUGAGGGAUACAGGAUUUGACCGUUGUAGAAAUUGUUGUGCAUGAUGUUCUUGCUUAGCAGAUGUGAAGAUGAGAAGCCUUUUGCAUUAAAAUGUGAGGUUUCAAAGGAGAAAGCUAAGAGUUUAGGCAUCAACGUCAUUCCCUUGGAGGUGAGUGUUGUGGACACCAUUGAAUGUCUGAAAGACAAGGGCUUUCUUGGUGUCUGAAUCUUAUGUUAUAUUGAAACAAAAGUAAUGCAGAUGAUGCAUUCUUUGUUAACGAAUUCUGUUGUGUUGUUCUUCAUUUCCACAAGGAUUUUGUAAGUGCAGGAAGUGCAACCUUCUGUUGGAUCAGUUGAUUUUCUUAAUUCAUGGUAUUGUUAAAAAAUUUUGGUGUUUCUUCCCCUUUGCAAGCUCGGGCAGUA